AUUGGAAAUCGCGGGUGUUAGGGUUUCCUGGAGUGGGAAUUGCUGGGUAAUGGUGUGCAGAGUCUAGUGUGUGAGCUCAUGGAGGUGAGAUCGGAGCAAGGGAUGAUGUCGGGUCGGGAACCCUUCAACAUGACCAUGCAGAAAAGCCCCAUCCAAUCGCAGCCGUCGAUGCAGAGCAUGCGGCUCGCCUACGCCCCCGAUGGGACGGCCAUCUACAAGCCGAUCACAACGGCCUCCUCCCCGUCGCCUCCGCUGUACGGCCCCGCCGGCGACGGGACCUCGCCGACGCUCUCGUCGCACGGGCUCACUAUCAACAUGGGAGGAGGAGGAGGAGGAGGAGGAGAGCCGGUGAAGCGGAAGCGCGGGAGGCCGAGGAAGUACGGGCCCGACGGCGCCAUGGCUCUCGCUCUCGCCCCCGCUCCCGUAACAUCCGCCGCGGCGGCUCAUCCGCCGGGCGGCGGUGGCAUGUUCUCUCCGUCCUCCGGUGGGGCGGCGGCGGCCUCGCAGGGCUUGAUGAAGAAGGUGAGGGGGAGGCCUCCAGGUUCGGGCAGGAAGCGCCAGAUGGCAGCUUUGGGAUCAGCUGGGAUUGGAUUUACACCCCAUGUUAUUACGGUGAAGGCUGGAGAGGAUGUAUCGGCAAAGAUUAUGUCAUUUUCUCAGCAUGGACCACGUGCAGUUUGUAUUCUCUCAGCAAAUGGUGCUAUAUCAAAUGUUACACUUCGGCAAGCUGCAACUUCUGGUGGGACUGUAACCUAUGAGGGCCGGUUUGAGAUCUUGUCGUUGUCGGGCUCAUUUCUUCUAUCGGAAAGUGGUGGUCAGCGUAGUCGAACAGGCGGGCUGAGUGUUUCACUGGCGGGACCGGAUGGCCGUGUCCUAGGGGGCGGAGUUGCAGGUCUUUUGACUGCGGCAUCACCUGUCCAGGUCGUAGUAGGGAGCUUCAUAGCUGAUGGAAAGAAAGAGCCAAAGCAGCAGAGUAAUCCUUCAGAACCGGCGUCUGCCCCUGGGAAGUUUGCCAGCCCCUACGGCGGUGUUGGGCCCGCAGGGGGCGGUAGCCCGCCCUCGAGAGGCACACUGAGUGAAUCCUCAGGCGGUGGCCCGGGAAGCCCGCUCAAUCAAAGCACCGGCACAAUGAAUAAUAGCAGCCAGCACGGAUUAUCCAGCAUGCCAUGGAAAUAAUUAACUUAUCCCUCCUCACCUCAUAUAGAUCGUCGGCAUCUCCGGCGCACCGAGAAGCCGCCUUUCCUUCUUUCUCUGUAAACUUUAGCUGUUGUUUUAGCUGGGGAAUAGUCAGCGACUUCCCUUAUCUUUGUAGCCGCUUUUUUCGCUCUAGUGUUUAAGGAGAUGAAAACUUUAGCUCGUAUGUUUCUAGCCAUGGUGUAUUUCUUCUUUGCUCAUUAAGGUAGGAUGAUGGUUAUUGCUCGUCUGAAGCAGUUGUAUUGAAACGUUCCAAGUAACAUUAUGUCUCUGUUCCGUGUAGUUACUUGUAUCUAUCUGAAAUUCCUAGGAAGAGCACAUAUGGUGAUUUUAUUACUA